AUGUCGUGGUUCCAACCUUCGGCACGUGAUGGUCAUCACGCUCCCACGGCAUCGCGCGAGAGCGAGCGUGUUUGCGAUAUGACGUCCAGAGCGGCUCUCCCAAUAAACGUCGCCGGCAUCGUGGCGCUCUAUAUCGGGGCACGUGGAGGCCGCUCCACGCACGGCGCCGGCUUCGCAGAAGCCCUGCACGCUUGCAUCGUUGCGUCCGGCCGCGCUAUCCCCUGGUCCAACGGCACGACCAAGGGCAUUCGGUUCUGGGAUCCUCCCCUCAAGAUCGUUAGCGGCCUGAUCGACGCCGUCUCCGUCCUCAAUGCGACCUCGCAGCUGUCCGGGGAGGCAAACUCCGCUCUCCACGAGAUGCACCACUUCUCACGGACGCCGGCAAUUUUCGAGUCGUACUGGGUCGCCGAGGCUGCCGACGCGGAGAUCCUGGACGUCCCUCGCAUCAAGGAUCUCGUCGAGAUUGAGCCUCUCAAGAUUGGCACCCUCUUGAGCUUGCCUUCGGGCGGGUUCAAGGUUGCGCCCGCCUCAACGUCUCGAGACUCCCCAUCUUUAGUGACUUUUUACGAAUGGACCCGUGUCUCCUCUGGCGUCAACCAGACCCUGCUCUCCCAGAAGUACAGCUUCUUCACCUUUGACCUCUCCCUCGCCAAGUCUACGAACCCACCUACCAAGAGCGCGGGUGGGUUUACCCCCGCGGUCGUCGGCGAGACCAAGUAUGGCGGCUCCGUUGCCCGCUUCGACGUCUAUAACAACGCCAACUACCCUGUCUUCGACCCGGCCACCGAUAGUGUGAGCAACACCUUCCCAAAACUUUUCAGGACCAGUCUCGUGACUCACCCUACGAGUCUUGGUGGCUCGGCAAGCAGGCUGACAGGAGCCUGGAAAGUACAAGUCAGUAUCCUCAUCUGGGAUUGUUGUCCUUUAUACGGUCACAUAAAGAGUCUGAAACUUACGACUAGGUGGCGCAUCGUGGUUUUGAAGCCCUAUGGUAAUCCCAAGGCGUCGGAUAACUGGGAGAUUUCUGAGACGCCUAUGAUUGAGGUCCUCCCGCUCGCCAGAGGCAAUUCCAAUGCUCUCCGGCAUUGA